UAAUAUAUCUAUUUCUUUCCGAUGCCGAUUUGAUUGGUGGUGUCCGCUGUAGCCACACAACAACAUUGCAGAAAUAACUCAAGCAUUCAAAUCGAUUUAAUGCGCUGCGUUUGUUUUUAUGGAGUUGAAAGUUCUGAAAUUACCAGAGAUUUCGAAAUUGGCUGUAUACAACAAGUAUUUUGCCGUAGAUUUGAGCAGAGAUAACAAGAGUUUAGAUAGGUGCGCUGCCUAUCAGUUGCUGCAAUCUAAUGAAUUACAAUCCAACGAUCAUAAAAUUUGUUUCGAUUUGAUCUAAAUGAAAGUCACACAGAUGCGUAAAUUAUUAUGAGCUUUGACACAUCACAGUUGGAAAAACAGAGUGUCGAUGUCAUUUUCGAUCUGCCAAAUUGCGAUUAGGUGAUUGACGCCAUCAUCGAAACCAUCAGCAGCUACAAUAUUGCGGUGGAGUGAAUUUUUUCUGUUCAAAUUUGUUGGAGCUGUUAAAAUUUACAUUAUGUUGCUUAAUUUGUGAAUUGCACGCGAUGUGCAUAUGUAAUCACGGUCAAUGAACGACACCUGAAUCUUGUCGAUGGUUUCUAAGGCAUUUUUCUCGCAUGCAAAUACGAAAGUAAUGCUGAUAUUUAUGCGAAUCUGUUGUUAUUCGACCUCCGAACAAACGAUCGUAUCACCUGUCACAAAUCACCAUGUUUUUUUGCACAGAAAUUUUGAUUUCAUAUCGAAGAUUGGCGGCGCUGAUCAUGCUUUUAUGCAGCAAUUAUCAAUACCCGAAAGCAAUCGAUUUUGCGAUAAGCAUCCAAAAUUGGUGAGCACAAACAAUGCCAGCAGUAGCCACAUACGUAGGAGCUUGCGAAAAUAAAAAAUUAAAACGCUUUUUGAUUAUGUUGAAAAUGUGCGGCAAAUUAUGUAAGCAAAUCAGUUUUUUUUUUAAAUUUCAACGAAAUGCAAAUUAGCAAUAAAUAUGUUCGUUCCCGUUUUUAUGGAUACUUUAAAUAAUAGUUAGAUUUGUUUUUUCCUGCUUGAUCACUUGAUGUGCCAAUUCUAAUUAAAUUUGCAUAUUUUCUCCAUUUUUGUGGUUGAAUCCAUCAGGAUAAGGUAAGCAUUGUACCGUUUUACGGGUGGUAAUGAUUGCAUUAAUGGUUUAGAGAAGAUUGUUGCAUUGAUAACAGAAGAGAAGGCCAAAUUUCGGGAAUUCGGACAAAUUGAUCUCAAUUAGGUCAUUGGUUUUGAAACAGAACACUCAAACGAUGAAAAAAUAGUAAACAGGUAUGGAGUGUCAUCAUGGAAUGUUUGUCUGGUUGCGUCUCUCAUCUGCUUCUACUGAAAAUGAUACCAUCGAGAUUGAGUAAAUAAAUCACGUUGAACUUUUAUCAACUGACAACGUAUUUUUGUCAUGGUUUUACAAACCUUUCUCUAUAUGAUAAACGCCUGUCAAUUUAGAUCGCAAUCAUCAUUUAAUGGCUUUGCAUAGAGCUAAAUUUGUUUGUUUUUUUCUUCGUUGUCGUCGAUCAAGUUGUAGCCAAAUAUUUGAUUCUCUAGAAAUGUGAUACAUGACUAUGCCAUUAAUUAGAUCAUGAGACCCUAAAGCGUUGUCCAAAUUGACUACGGUGUGUCCAUUCUAAUGCGAGUAUUGCUUUCAAUCAUAUAUCAAUGUCGAACGAGUCGUAAUCCACGCUUUCGACAAAAGCCAAACUGGCAGAUGACAUAUUACAAAUGUGGGUAUUUUUCGCGUUCAAUCGGCUAAUGAAUGUGGGACAUUUCACAGUAGUGCAUUUCAAAAAGAUGUGCGUUGUUGAAAGUGUUUGGUAUUUAAAUGCUGGUGCUGGUGCUGUUGCGGUCAGCAAGAAAUGGAGCCGAAUAAAAUAAAAAGUGAUUUCACAUCAGCUAACCAUGCUAUGGCAAUACAUCGGAAAUUGAUUGGUAAUGGUAAAACUUUGCGUAUUAUUACCGGAGCAGUGUGCGUAUGUGUGGUUUGGAGAAAGAUGAAAUUCCAUUCAUAGGUAAAUAUGGAUGUAAACGACAUUACUCAUCUAAAUGAAUCGAUUGAAGAAAUGAGACCGUGCCAACGAGAGUAAUAAACAAAUUGUCGAAUGCAGAUCAAUGUAAAGAAGAAAGAAAAAACCUCAGAACUACGUGUGUUGAAUCCGCAUUGGCCGUCGCAUUCAAUUAGCCACUUGCAAUUUGCGCACUCAAAAUAUAUGCAUGCAUCCAUACGUACACAAACACGAUUUCUCGUGAAACGCAGGAAAAGAAAUGAGUUGUAUGAAUUUUCAUUCUUCAUGCAUUCAUUCUCUCUCUCUCACUCUCUUGCCGUGGCUUAGCUAAUUCAAUUGUUGGAUGAUGAUUUUUAAUAGCAUACACCAGAGAGACCAAGACCGAAUAACCAUUAGCGAGCUCAGUCGCUUCACUUCAAGCGCAUCAUGUCCAGCGUAGCGUUCUCGAGCGAAAUAUAUUAAGUUGUUGCAUGCACGCGCAGUCUUUCGACAUUAUGCGAUGGAAGCAGCCGAAGAAGGGAGAAAUGAAGUCAAAGAAAAAUACAAAAGCACCGUGUAACUCAACGCAUAAACGCUUUCGUGUGUGGCGCGCUCGCCCCACUAUCUCUCGUUCGUUCGCCAUGCCAUCGCGCACAACCGACACCAACCACGAUCGGCUCAUGGAAAAUCAUUUCUCAAAGUGGAUUUCACGCGAAACAAGUGUUUCUCUUUUUUCUGUGUACGCUCUCUCUUUAUCUGUACUUUGUAUGAUCGGUGUUUUAUCGACGCCGUUCGAUUCGAAUUUGAGCUUCAAGUGCAGUGCUUAGCAAACCAAACAAAAAUAUCAAAAGCAAACAUCAAUAAAAGAAAAAUUAGUGAUUUUGAAGAAAGAAAAAAAAAAACGCUUUUUUUAGUAGUUGAUUUGAGAAUCCGAUUUGUUGUUGAAAUCAGCGAACAGGUGUUCAUUUUGAAUGCUAGUGGUAUAAAGGUGAAAAUAAUGAGUUCAAAAUAAAAGCAACGGAUUUUCUUGGAAAAAUUCAAAGAAAUCAAAGCGAGAAAAAAGAAAAGAAUUCCAAUUGUGUUAUGAAAUAAAGAAAAAAAAUACGAAGAAAAGAAGAAAAUUUAUUCAAAAUGGUUCAAAAAGUAAAUAGUGAAGUGGAAGUGAAUACGAAACCAGCGUAUAUGUAUUAUUUGAUGUCGAAGAGUGGCCAAUGUUCGCCGACCAGCGAUACAUUGGACAGUGGCACGGGCAGUGAUCUAGAAACGACACCGACGACAAAUGGCAACUCGUACACAUUGCCAACAUCGUUAACAUUAACGAAUGCCGUCUCGAAAUCGAUGCGCAAAUUCGGUGAUUUAUCACUCGAUGGCAGCCCACGUCGACUCAAAUCCAAUCAUUCCAGCAACGAUAGUUACAAUACGGACAGUGAAGAAAGUGAAUCAAGCCUGAGCUGCGAUUCGCUAAAUUCCAGCGAAAUUAUGCGCAUGAAAACCAAUACAACGAACAUCAUACGUGCAAUGCCAUUCGGCAGUUCGGUCAGCACGGACAGUUGUCCGGAGCCAACCGAAGGCACCAUUAUCACAUCGGACGAGAAUAAUGUGACGAAAAUAAACUUUUUACCACGUUCACUGCUGCGUGAUAUACGCGAUCGUUCGAUGACAAUAGGCAAGAAUCAAUCACAUGCCGUCGCAUUUUCACAUCUCAACAGCAAUGGCCACAGCAGCCACAGCAGUAACAGCAGCAACAAUGGCAACAGCGACACCGACGAAUCUAACGAUGCAUAUCGAAAUGAUAGUAGCAAAACAAUUAUCGUAAACAGUCAUCUGAAGAAGAAAGAGUGCAACAAUACAAGUGCCAGUUACACAAAUGAACCAUUCAAUUUACACCAUCGACGUGAUACCAUAAACAAUGAUUUUGACCAUUUGUUUGCGACAAACGGUAAAAGCAUCGAUCCAUUGCGACGAGUCAUGCAAAACAUGAACAGCAACAACACUGGCAACAAUAAGAUGAAGAGUGAGAAUAAGCGACACAUUUAUGAAAAUGACAAGUAUAUCAGUUUUCAUUUGAAUGAACGUGCCGACAAUGCAAUGUCUCACGAACGUGACACAUUCAAUCGAACGAAAGACGAUGACUCGUUUGCCGGAUACAGAGACAUCACCGCAUCCAAUGUUGCAUCGACCAUACGAAGUUCAAAGGGAACCAUCCGUGGUGUUAAGAAUCGCGUACGAAACGGCAUCGCCACAUUCUUGCAAAUGCAUCAAACCAACGUGAAGAAUUUCAAAGAAAAAGAUGCCGGCAAAGUGGUGCUGUACUCGACUAGCAUGGGAAUCGUACGCGAAACAUAUGCGAAAUGUGCCAAUGUGAAACAAAUUCUACGGACUUUGCUGGUCAAAUUCGAGGAGCGUGACAUUUUUAUGAGCAACGAAUAUCAGCAAGAAAUCAAAGAUCGCAUGCAAUCGAUGGAAAUUCAAGUGCCGCAACUCUAUGUUGACGGUCAAUACAUUGGCGAUGCAGACCAUGUUGAACGUCUCAACGAAAGCGGUGAACUUCGACAACUACUUAAAAUGUAUAAGACCUCAAAUUCAGCACAGACAUGUCAAAUUUGCGGCGGAUAUCGUUUAAUGCCAUGCCCCUCGUGCAGUGGAUCAAAAAAAUCGGUGCAUCGAAAUCACUUUACCACCGAAUUUGUAGCCCUGAAAUGUAUGAAUUGCGAUGAGGUCGGUCUAGUGAAGUGCUACAAUUGCAACGAUUGAUAAACUGACAUGACGUUCGAAACACAGUAAACAAGUUCAAUAAUGCAGAUGAUGAAGGCGCCGGCCUCGACGUUAACUCAAAACGAUUCAACUAUUCCGUCAUUUGAACACACACACAUAUACAUAUAUAAUCAAUUAAAUUAAGUGGAGGAGACAAGAGCAAUGCUGAAUGGAAUGCGAGGAGAUUGUGGAUGAGCAAUUAAAAUUUCAAGUGCAUUUAAUAAUUUGUUAGUUAAGAAAUUAUGCCGUAUAGAGUCAAUUGAUCAUUGUAAAAUUCAGAAGAGGAAGAAGAAGGAAAGGCACAACAAAAGGAAUGAUUUUAAACAACUCUUAGAUUUAAGACCAUGCUGACUAUCUCGAUUUGAUUUGGGAAGAAUGAAUGAAUGUUGUCCACAGUCGAACAAUGCCAAGAGCCAAUUGUAGUUUCGCCAGAAUGGAUAACUGAAUAGAAAAGAGAGAGAAAAAAAAAACAAACGAAUUGUACUGGAUGUGAAAUAUCAUGGGAGAAUUAAAAUAUUGAUUUUCACCUAAUUUUCUUUUUAUAAUGUGCAAUUUUAAACAUAAAAAUUCUUUAUAUUCAUUUUUUUUCUGCAGUUCUUCUUUUUUUUAAAAACUUACAUUAGUAGAAAUUAAUCAAUGAAAUUCGAAAAAUUCAUGUUUCUGAAGAUGUACGUGCGCGGGAUUGGCAAUUGAGAAAAAAUUCACUUUAAUUUAUUGGUAUUUUCUUUUAAUUGUAGCCAUAAGUUUUAUUGUAUUCUCUUAAGUGAACAAUGAUGAACGGUUUUUUUUAUAAAAGAAAAUAUUCCAUAUCAUUCUAAUCGGCAAUCUGUAUGCAUAGAAAUCUAAUUUCAAAUGAAAUAAAUGGAAAUCGAAUUAAAA